GAGAUGACCAGCAACGUUCUGGGGCGAGUGGCUCGCCUGAACGGCACUGCGUCCGCUGUUUCGGCCGCUGCUGCUGCCACUGGGGCUGGUAUUGGAAGGCGGUUGUUGUCGUCGAUAGUGUGUGAAGGAACUGUACCACAUGGCCUGGAGCUCUACCCAGAUUUCUUCACCCCACAAGAAGAAAAGGACAUGCUGUCGGAGUUGACGAGAAACCGCUGGAGCAGCGAGCGCGAUGAUGCAGACGUCAAACGCAAGAUGGCCAACCUUCUCGGGCGCACACUCAAGACCUUGCCGGUGACACACCGCGUCAUUCAAAGGGCGGUAGAUCAGGGCUGCUUGCGGGAGUUUCCAGACGGAUCCCAGCUCAACAAAUAUCCCAGCAACGGCUGCAUCCCGUUUCAUGUCGACGCUCGGGGAAUUGGCGCUUCCAUCUGCAUGUUCAGUUUCCAAAGCUCGUCUCUCCUCGACAUGAUACCAACAACCGACCUCACAGAUGAGCACAAUGCGAUGAGUGCAGAGGAAGUGCUGGCGCUAGGCGGCUGCAGGCUGUUGCUGGAGCCACGCUCUCUGCUUGUGCUGCGCCAUGACGCGCGGUACCACUGGGCACACCGCGUGCCGUCAGCGCCAACCUUCACCAUCAACAACCGCACGUAUACGCGAGCAGAGCGCUUCUCCCUCGUCUUCUGGUCGACAAAGCUCGAUCCCAACGCACCGCCCAUCAAGCGGCACCCAGAUGCCACGUCCCGCAUCCGCCUCACCUGAGCAUGCGUGCGUGUGUGUGUGUGUGUGUGCGCGCCUGUGUGCGUCUGCGUGCGUGUGCGUCUGUGUCUGACAGUGUUUGCUUGUCUUGCUCCUCUCUGACUCUGUCUUUCUCUCUCUCUCUCUCUGUCUCCUGUCUCUUUCUCUCUCUCUGUCUCUCUCUUAUUCUCUCUCUCUCUCUCGCUGUGCUUUGCUUUUCCAAAUUUUUUUCACGUUUUUCUGAGAACCCACAAGUGUGCAAACUGGUUUGGGUCUAUGAUAUGAUCGCGACGCUGUGUGUGACGAUUAGGAUUGUACUCUUUAGGAUCAUUUCUAUAGUAA